AUGGAAGCCCCAAGAAAUCAUGCACCGGAAAAUCAAAAGAACAGCAGAAACCCCGCUGAGAUUGGAGGUCAAUCUUUGCUUCCUGGACAAAGAAUUCCCCCUUAUGCAACACCGAUAUCAAUAGCUAAAAGACCACUGGUUUCGGCAAGUCCCAGGAUUCUCUUCUCCCGACCCUCCCUACAAUUGUCCUUAUCUGAAAGCAAAUCUCUUAACUAUACCACACCAACAUUGCUAGCCCAACGACCUACCACCCCUAAAAAGCACAAAAGGCGCGAGCAGCAUCGAAAAAAGCUUAAGGAAAACGUCCAAGUCCAGGAUUCGAAAAAGCAGGAGUCUAUAAAACAAGAUCGGCCCAGUAAACGCAAGGGUGGGGACAAAUUUCAACAUCAAUCUGACUUAAAUAAAACUCAAAAUGCUCCGCAGGACCUUCGAUUGAACAAGAAGAGUGAUCAUCAUUAUCGUAACGCCUUGGGACAACCGAAACUUGAAAGAAUUCGCGAAAUGAAAAAGCAGAAGUCAUUUGCUAAAAACUCAGAGCAGGCUCUGUUUAAGCAAUUAUCCACAGAAAGGGUAACCAAGAGCAAUCUAAGGAGAACGGGGCAACUGGACACAUCUCUGGGCAUUUACAGAAAGAUUAAGGAGGACAAUAAACCUCAGGUGGGUUUCAAACCUUAUAGCUCUAUGCUCGAGGAGGUAAAUGGUGAGAUGUCUAAACACUUUUCGACACUGAGGAGCAUGCACGAACUGAAAGUCCCAGUCCCUGAACAGAGCCCACAUAGACGUACUUCAGACCGAAGUACAACUCCGUACACAGAAACCUUUGAUGAAAUGCUGCGUGGUAAAAUUUCAGAGUUUCAUCCAAUCCUGAAAUCAUCUAAUCGCCUGGAAAUUGCAUCAACAAUGACCAAAUUUUCGAGGGCAUCCAAGAAUACGCUAAAGGGCAGGCUGAGGACCGAAACAAGGACCUUUGAUGAACUGAUAACUGACCGCGAUAUGAAGAUGCCCGAACGUCUUCCUCUACUGAAGAGCAGGACUCUAUUGGGUUCCACGGUAAGCAUACACGAAACAAAAGGACUUAGCAAGUCCAAGCCAAGAAAAAAUCCAGAGCCCAGUAGCCUUCGUGCUACCGAAACCCACAGACAUAUGAGCGGCGAUAAAGCGAACGAAAGGCACUCAAAACCAUUUGGAAAAAUGCUAAGGGGCAAGGAAAUGAUCAUACCAGAGCUAAACCGGGCUUUGACCAGCCACUUUCGAAUAAACCAUGCUGGGCAAACCACUAGUUCAAACUGGAUGGACCAGGACCCAAUAGCGUCUACACCACCCUUUGCUGAACAGGAAGUUUUGCAGCCAUCUGAGAAAGUAUUAGCAACGGAAAAGCGCGUGGAUGUGCGGCCUUCCCACCAGAUAUCUAUUAUAAAAAAGCCUGAAAUCUGGCAAACUUUUAGGGAACACUCUGUGAUGAAGGAACCUGAAGUCUCCCAAGACUCUGCUACAGUUCCGUUGGCUCCAAAACCCAAAAAUAGGAUUACUACGGCCCAGCCUAAGAGCAAAUACCAAUCUAGUACAUCAAGUGAGUUCUCGCUACGUUCAAUUCGUUCUUCAAGGCAUCGCGUUUCUCCUGCUCCUGGAAGGAAGAUUAAACUAAAGAAAUUUAGUUACUACAUAAAGAAUUCAGUGCCAGAUCGGAGAAUACUAGCCCAGAUGAACUCCAAGUAUCCAAUUUCCUACUUGAAAAGCGAGAGAACCACUUUCUAUGGCAGGACACCGAGUCAGACUUCCUCGGAUAGGUACCAACAAUCUGUAGGAUCAGUAAUUAGCACUGCGGGCAUUGCCCAAUCCUUGAUAGCUAAACAGAAAAGGGAAAUUAAUAAGCACGAGGCCUUGGAUGCGGACGAACACUUGUUCGAGUCUUUUCCAGAUGACUACGAUCCGCUUGAUGGCAUAAAGAAAACAAUGAGCGACAUUAUAGCCGGUGUGGCAAAGGAGGAGAAAUCCUACAAGAAAUCCCAGUCCAAGCGGUCCAAGCACAAGGCCAAGACGCAUGAUCCUGCCGAUCCUGCCUUGGGAGCAUUUAGUGAUCGCCAGAGCAUCUUAUCCCUGCGGAGGACGAGCCAGGAGGUCAAGACCCGUGAGAGUCAGGCUCUCAAGGAUCUGCAUAUGCGGGAACAGGUGCAUGAGACCUUCUAUGCCAAGGAAAGGGCCUCUGUGCAAGCACGGAUUGAAAAACUGAUGCAGGAGGUCGCCAUCCGCGAGGACUUUCGACCCAAGAAAAAACCUCGGGAUUUUGUGACGGAAAAUAUCGUCAGGCUAAGUAAUAUGCCACCGACUAAAGGAUCCCUUGCGGUGGAGAACGGUAAGCCGCAAAAGAAGUACCCCUCUUUGAUUAGGAUACUAGCACCACACGAAUACCCUGUAAAUCUCUCAAGAGUCCCCAAGAUUCCCGAGGUAAAUAUGUGUCCGGCAACGGAUCCGCCGAAACCCAUAAGAAUACGUCUAUAUUCCGACAAAAUCUGGAGGGACCAGAUGAAUACUUAUCAAUCAGAAAUGAAGAAGCCCUCUGCAGAUGCUAAAGUUUGUCGCUUGAGUGAACGGAAAAAAUGUGAUUGCUACCUAUGCAAAUUGCUCUUAAAGGGCAAACAUCAACGAGAAUCCCACUUUAUUCAGAAGGCAAAGGCCCAAAGGCGCCGAUUAGAACUUCGUUCGUAUUAUCUUGAACUGCGAAAAAGAGAACGGGAACGAGGGAUGUGUUGCCCUUAG